UCCUGUCAUCCACCGGGUGAAAAGUGAAAGUAAACGAACAGCGAGGAAGAUUCCACCUUCACAGAGAAAAAAAAAAACACAACUCUUUUGUUGAGUGAAUGUGACCCUGGUACCGGUCGAGCAGAGCACAGCUGAACGGGAGGAGAUUCACGGGAAGGAGAAAAGAAAACUCUUCGAGUUUCUCUUCUACUAAAAUGAAAGUUACAAUGACUGGUUUAGGUUUUGCAAUGCUUCGGGAGUGAUUCACCUGUGGCUCCCUCCCCUGUGGACAAGGUACAGUGGAGGAUAUAACAGCUGUUUUUACGGGACUGACUUCACAUGAAAUCUGUCACAGAAACGAUCAGCUGAUUUCACUUCCCUAUGUCCACGAUGUCUGACUUCAAAACCAUCGUUUUCUUUGACUUGGAGACCACUGGAUUAGACACUACUGUGUGUGACAUCAUCCAGUUGUCAGCCGUCUGUGGGGAGAGGGUCUUUAAUGUCUACACCGUCCCCCGCCGCGAGCUCACUGAGAGCGCCCGAAAAGUCACAGGCUUCACCGUCAGUGAUGGCGUCCUGUCUCUCAAAGGGAGAACUGUGGACACCAUCCCUCUGGUCGAGGCUCUGACCUCCUUCAUCGCCUUUCUUCGCUCCUUCCGCCACCCUCUGCUGCUGGCAGCGCACAGUGCCCGGCGGUUUGAUGCACCGGUGCUCAUGAGAGUGCUGCGACAGAUCUCCCUGCGGCAGGAGUUCCUGCAGGUGGUGUCGGGGUUUCUGGACACCUUCCUGCUGAGCAAGAAUGUCUUUUACGAUGUGGCCAGUUAUUCUCAGGUCAAUUUGGUCGACCACUUCCUUGGACAGACCUACGACGCCCACAACGCUGUGGAAGACGCCCGGAUGCUGCAGAACCUGUUCAACAGUUGGAGCCUUAACAGACGGACUGUCUCGAGGUUCAUCUACAACGCGGCGCUUUCAUUUUAACAAAGCUACAGAAAUCAAUCUGACCAAAACAACCAAAAUAUUUUAUUUAUGAUAAAAAGCAUUGUGUUGUCAUCAUGCACCCUCAGGUGGUUUGACGUGCAUAUUUUGGAUGUUCAGUAUAAGAAAACAGGUGAUGGUUAAAUUAUCUUUGGUGUGUUAGGAGAGAAAUAAUGAAUGUCAUAACCUAAAAAUACAGGCAUGUAUAAUUUUUAUUCUGUGAAAUGAUUUAUAUUUAGUUUUUAAGCUUUUUUUCUAACUCACUGUAACAUGUCUCAUCUUCAUAACUGUGGUACUCUUUGUGCCUCUGGUGAAUUGUUGCACUUUUUUCAAACAUAGACAAUAAACAUCAUGUAAUUUUUAUAACCAACUUGGUGCUUUUUUUUUUUUUUUUUAAAGGUUUAUUUCUGGGCUUUUUGUGCCUUUAUUUGAGAGAUACAGUAGGACAGUGAGUCAGAAAUCUGGGAUAGAGAGAGAGUGGGCAAUGACAUGCGGGAAUGGAGCCACAGGUCGGAUUCAGGCCCGGUCCACCCGCUUGGAGGACCAUGGCCUCUUUACAUGGGGCGUGCGCAGUAACCACUACGCUACCAGUGCCCCAGUGCUUUUUUUAUUUUUCCAAGAGAUAAUGUUGCACCAAUUUUCAAUAACCAGAAAGGAAAAGCAGUGAAAGAGUUGUUUGUUCCCUUUGAAAAUGUUGUUUAGGUGUACUGUAUGUUGUUUAUGCUGUUAGCACAACAAAACUUAAGUGGAAAGCAACAUAAGAAUCUGUCCUCAAAUAUUUCAAAAAUAAAUUUCCCAAAGAGUUCAGCGCGCUUUCAAUAAGCUUUGAUGAAAAUAUAUUUUAAUUAGCCUAUUUUCCUGUUAGCCUCAUUGUUAUAAAAGAGUGGACAAUUGGUUAUCACAGCUUCAUUAAAAAUAAUGAUUAAAACAUCAAAUCCAUUAAACACAAAAAUAAGUAAACAAACAAAAAGGAGUCUUUGUUUUUGAUACUUAAGAAAAAGGAAAUAAGGACACACCUAAAAAAUAAUUUAAAUGUUUCUGAAAAUAUAAACAUUAAUAAAUUCAGAUGAAAAAGGAAGAAUUGCACUAAAAUACAAUAAUUUUGGACAUAAAUAUUUUUAAAUGAGAGGAUCAUAAUCACAGUAUUUUUUUUUUGCUGAUAGAUUGUAUAUUGACUUCCUCAAGUAUUCCUCUAAAUAUAUAACUUAUAUUUAGGUGUUUAAGUUGGUCUUCUUCCAUCUCGGUAAAUAUGCGACUAACAUUUCUGUUGGAUUAAAUAAAAAAUAUACCUUAUGCUGACUCAGUAUUGUAUCCACCUUUUUAUUGACUGCUUUCUUGUUGCAUUUUGCACUCCUGAAGGGGGCAGCAUUGUGCCUGGGAGGCGUGUUUGGUUCAUAUUUUAGAGGAGAAGAAGAAAGUGUUUGUCUGCGCUUGCGCAAUUUUCCUCAGUUGUGUGUCGGUGUCCCGCACAAAGUCCAGAGUAUUUACCCGGGUGUUUAAAACGACGGACAGAAAGUCAACAUGGGAUACAAACGACGAGCGAAAUACUUUGGUCAUUUCCUUUAGUCUGUAUUUGUUUCUCUCGUCUAUUUUCCUCUUAAUUUGUUUUAUUUAAAUCAUUGAGGCGGAGGCGGGAUGCAAAACUCAGAACAGUCGCUGGUUUUCUUUGACUUGGAGACAACUGGUCUGGAUCAGAGUUGUGAAAUCGUCCAGCUGGCUGCGGUGAGCGGAGGUCACUCCCUCAAUCUCUACGUCGUCCCUCGAUGUCGGAUGCAGCGAGGAGCCGCCAAAGUCACCGGCUUCAGGGUUCGCAGACACAGACUGUACCUCCAUCGCCAGCUCGUCCUCACCAACUCCCUGAGAGAGGUCCUCGUCUCCUUCAUAGCUUUCCUGCAAAUGCUCGAACGCCCCCUUGUCGUCGGCCACAACAUUCGGCGCUUUGACUGUCGCCUGCUGGCUCGAGCUCUGGACGAACUUGACCUCAGAGCAGAGUUUGACUCUUCGAUCUCAGGCUGCGUCGACACUCUGCUGCUGGCUCGGGAGAUGCUGAAGGACCGCGACCUCAAGAGUUUUCGACAGGAGAACCUGGUCAGGGAGUUACUGGGUGUGGACUACAAGGCCCAUGAUGCUUUGGAGGAUGUGCGGGCAUUACAGGCUCUGUACAGUGUGCUUCAGCCCACACCUGAGUUGAUCCACAGGCACAGAUUUACUCUGGACACCAUGAAAAACAAACCUGCCGUUAAAGCUGCUAAAUCCAAAGUGGCCUGUAAUCCUCCACAACAGCGCCCUCUGUGGGAGCACUUCAGAAAGACAGUGAAGCUCACAGGAGACAAAGCAGAGGAGCAUGAGGAAGAACCUAAAGGAUGAUAGAACUUUUUCUACAUCAGUGACGUACAAUGAGAUAAUUACACAGGCGACUGGCAGCUUGGUGGAUAGUAGAACACAUAAAACAUGACUGAAGAAAAAUCACCUCCAACAUCCUUUUUAGUGAAGCAAAGAGAAACAUAAUGAACAAAUGUGCAAAAAUAUGAUUCCACCUCAGCUGAAUGCAGUACUUACUUUAGGUUGUGAUGGCCUUUAUUUCUUUUUGGAUUUGGAUUUGUCAAUCUGAGGUCUACGAUCUGUAAGUGUCAACCUUUAAAAAAACAAAAACCUUUAAAAAAAAAAAAAAACCCACAUGCACUUUAGAGGAAGAGAAGGACGAGGUUGUUGACAUCUUGGUCUGUAGCUGCUCUUGUGGUUCAUCAAAGGGAACCUUAAGAUUACUGUCUGUUGUGUCUUCACUUAUAGAUGACUGUUAUCUGCAUAAAGUGCACUUUGUAUAAAGCCAACACUUAAACGUCUGUUAAUGAAGAGUGAAGAUUUCAAGUAUGUGUCUCUAACUUCUAUAAACAGCAGAACUUGAUUUUCAGUCACCACUGGUUGUUACUGGGAAUGUUUUUAGUUCUUUUUUUCUGAAUUCUCUUCAAGUUUUUGGUGAGCUCUACUGAUGUUUUUUUUAAGUUUAUGAAUGUGUUAAUAAAUAAUGUAUAUUUGCA